AUGUUUGCUUUGCCUCUGACAACACCACAGCCUUAUCAGCUUGCGUUAGCUCUGAGAUUUAAUGUAAGAAAUUACACACUUAGAGAGCAAGUCAUGUCACUAGUCUACUUCUUAUGGCUGUUCUGUUUUGCUCAAUGCGUGAUGAGCAGCGACUUCAUAGGAGAAUACGAGGCUUACACCAAUAAAUUGUUUCCCCAAGAUAAUAAGGACGAAGUUUUGCCUAUAGUGCUUGGCAAGGAUUCGACUUCUGGAUGCAUUUGUAGAGCUACCGUGCAGUAUAAGAUUAUCGAAUGUUUCGGCAACUAUGAAUGCAAGCGAUUUCCACAGGUUACAGUAAAAAGCGAAGUGUUAAGAGUCAGAACUUCAGUUAUUAGAGAACUCCACCGAGGCAGACUAGACUCACUGUAUUAUCUUAAAGUUCUUGAAUUAGAAGCUAACCAUCAGCUCCGGUACAUACAACCUGGAGCAUUCUCCAAUUUGACAAAUCUUCAACAACUCUCAAUAUCUUAUAAUACUCUCCUCCGGUCAAUUCACGAAAAGACUUUUGAAGGACUGAUUAAUCUUCGGAACUUGACCUUGGUAAAUAAUGGAUUUUUGUCAAUACUUCAACUAACGCCAGCAUUUAAAACAAGCAUAUUACCAUCAUUAAUAAAUCUGGAUUUAUCGGAGAAUACUUUUGGAUCCAUCCCAGAAGAGGCAUUCCAAUUAAUGACAGGCACAACUCUGGAGAAACUUUAUCUAAAUUUAUGUAGGUUGGACUACAUACACCCCAACAGUUUUCUGCCACUAAAACAUUUAAAAGUACUUCAAAUCGCAGACAACGAUAUGAAUUCAUCUUUAAUAGCAGCUUUUAUGGAAACGCUCAUCAAACAUGAUAUAAACUUAUUAGAAUUGGAUUUAUCUGGAUUAGGAUUCAGGAAGCAGCCACCAAGAAAACUCCUAGAUAUCAUAGCAAAUUCUACUGUACAGAAUUUAAUGCUUGCAAGAAAUCAAUUCGAAACCGUAGCAGAUGAUGCUUUUCCUCGAAUGGCAAACAUACAAUUAAUGGACAUGAGAAAAGUUCUGGCUCUUUUGAUAGAACCUAGAUCUUUUGACCCUGAGAAAUUCCCAAACCUUAAGGGCUUAUUAUUAAGUGGAAAUAAUUUACCAGGGAUCCAUGGAACUCAUCUGUCUAAUCAACUAAGGUUUUUAGACCUAUCCAAUAACAAAGGGCAACCGAACAAUCCAGUAUUUUUUGAAAUUGAUAGAUACACAUUCACACAAAGCAAUGAGCUACAAAUCUUGAAUAUUGCUUUCAACAGAGUCAGGUCAAUAUUUCAUUAUACGUUUAUAGGAUUAGAAAAUCUCAGAAUACUGGACAUGCAAAAUGAUACUCUGUACUACAUAGGACCUGGCAGUUUUAAACCAAUGAAACGGCUUGAAAUGUUAAAUUUAGCUAAUAACCCUUUAACAGCAAGUGAAAACUUAACAUGUGAUCAAUUUGACGGAUUGAAUGCGUUGAAAGUUCUCAGUUUCGAGAAUUGUGGAAUCAAACGUCUUCAAGAAGAUGAAAAUAUUUUUGAAAUGAUGCCAAACUUAACCCACCUGAUACUUAGAAACAAUCAGCUUAAUUCUAUUUCAGCUGAAGUACUGAAACCGCUUAAACUCUUGAAGUUCUUAGAUCUAAGCGAGAACCUAUUGAUAUCUUGGUGGAAACCUAUAUUUCUGGCGUCUGGUGUAAAACCAACGGCACUAUACUUGAUGAAUAAUAAAAUUUCUCAUUUUUCGAUAAGUAUGAUUGAAGAUUUUGGUUAUUUGUUGGAGACCAAGCACAGUUCAAAUGUAAUUAUAGACAUCACCUAUAAUAUUUUUAUAUGCGACUGCAGAUCGAUGUUUGGCACUUAUCGUUGGCUGCAAGUUAAUGGGAGUAAGGAAUUGAAGCAAUAUUUUUCAUCUUCCAAAGUUCAGUGCAGCAGUCCUGACUUGUGGGAAGACAGGAGAAUAUCUGAAUACCUAUCGUCCAUAAAAAGUUUACACUGUUUGAUGUAUGAAAAGAUAUCUAAUGUGAUGGUACUGGUUUGGACUGCGCCAUCUUUGGUCACUGUAAUUCUAGUCGUAAUGAUAGCAAUAAUUAUAUAUAAAUACAAAGUAUACAUACGGUACUGGAUGUUUCUGACGAAGAUAGCGUUAGGUAGAAGGCUGCCUAAGAAACAGUCAGAGGCAGUUCUAAACAAGCAGUAUAAGUAUGAUGCUUUUGUGUCGUAUUCUAAUGAAGAUAGAGACUUUGUUCAAGAGAUGAUUGUGCAAUUUGAGUCAAAGCCGCCUUACUUAAAGUUAUGUGUCUACGAAAGAGAUUUUGAAAUAGGCUCUUUUAUAUCCGAAGCAGUGAUGACGAGUAUACAUGAUAGUAAGUAUAUAAUCUUAAUCAUCAGCAACAAUUUCGCUAAAUCCCAUUGGUGUCGAUGGGAGAUGCAGCUUGCAGAAUACCACAGGAUAUUCUUGGAGGACGGGACCUCGUACGACCCAUUAGUAUUAGUGAGAUUGGGUGAUAUUCAGAGUAAAUACUUGACAGUAACAUUAAAGUACCUACUGAAGACAAAGAUCUAUCACUCUUGGGAUGAAAAUAAUACAGAGGAGUUUUGGAAAAAAUUAAGGAACGUAUUAUCUAAAUCGACGUGA